AUGGCACCCAUGACCCCCCGGCUCAAGAUCCUCUCAGGCAUGGCAGACGACAGCGAGCUAAUGAAGACGUGUGUAGUGGGAGGAAAUCCAGUUUCGGCCUUCCUGUCGUGGAGAUUACAAGCGACGAAUGCUUGCGACGUUACACUGGUGUGGAAGUCUGGAUUCGAUCACGUCGCGCAAUACGGAAUUUCUUUCAAGUCUCCCGUCUUCGGUAACGAACGGUUCAAGCCGCGACAUGUCGUACGCGUUCCCGAAGAAGCCGCACACGGCGGCGGCCCCUUCGACUACGUGAUCCUCUGCAUCAAGGCCCUUCCCGACGUCUACGACCUUGCCGCCGUCAUCGAUGCCGUCGUCACCCCUCAGCAUACAUGUAUCCUCGUGAACACAACCCACACCCUUGGCGUCGAAGCUGCCAUCGAAGAGCGAUUUCCUACCAACGUUGUCCUAUCUCUUGUCUCCAACGCGGAACUCUCUCAGCUUGGUCAGAGUGAAUUCGAACACAAGGGCUCGACCGAGAUUUGGGUUGGUCCCUCAAGCAAGAAUGAAAACAUUCCGGGCGCGAUCCAAGGGGACAUGGCCGAGGCGUUGGCCAUGACACUCAACACAGCCCAGGUUGAUUGCAAAGUAUCCCACAACAUCCGCCAACAGCAGUACGAGCGGGUUGUUGGGCCCAUUGCCUUCCACCCCGCUAGUGUCAUAUUCGAGACUGCCAUCCACGCGCAAUUGCUCGAAAAGGUUGGCGUACGAGACUUGGUGACUGGUGUGAUUGACGAGCUGCUCGCCCUGGCCGAGGCCCAUGGAUGCAAGUUGCCUCCCGACUUUAAGCAAAAGACGAUCGACGACAUGACGAAGCCUACAAAUCCCGAGAGCAUCAUGUGGCAAGACUACAUUGCAAAACGUCCGAUGGAGGUCGAGACAUAUUUGGGCUCCCCGAUAAAGUUGGCUAAAGAGGCCGGCGUUCCUGUCCCUCGCAUCGAAACGCUCUACGCCAUUCUGCACAACCUCAAUAUCGUCAACCGUCAGAGACCGCCCAAACCUGUUGACGUGACAAUGGCACCACCCGGCUCACCAACAUCACAAUCACCUCUACCGAGGACAGCAUCGUCUAACGGCAUUCGACCCGGCAUGAACGGUAACGGUAUGCCGCCCAACCGCGGACCGCGCCCGCGAAACUCGUCAAACCUGGGCCCAGGACCCGGGCCUGGCAUGCGGAGACCCCCAAUGAACGGAGGCCCUCCCAACGGGUUCCCUCGUGGCCCGCCUCCUCCUGGAUCUCGGGCAGCUUCGAGACGUGGCUCUUUGGAAGGAAACGACUUGGAGGAAUUCUCCCACCUCAUGCACUACGACGACAUCCCCGAGGGCGGGGAGCCUGGCUAUGGCCACGGCCCUGACGGUUCCGAUCUGGCGGUACGCGAGCGUGAGUUGGAGCUGCGUCAGCGGGAGCUAGCGAUGAGAGAGCGAGAGAUGCGGAUGCGAUCGAGAGGCCCGCCUCCGGGGCCCAGGAGAGGCCCGCACCCGAUGCGCAACAGCGCCCAAGUAUUUGACGAAGAGGACGACGACGAUGAUUACUUCGACCCGCAAACCGGCCCUCCGCCUCCGAUGAUCGACCCCGACAACUUCGACAUGAUGAGUGUCACGUCGAGAAAAAACCGGAAAGCGGCACCUCCGCCGACGCGUGCUCAGUACCACAAGAACGAAGUAUACGACGCUGGGGGAGCGCCCCCCGCCAGAUCCUCUCGAUUCCGGCCCAAUUUUGGGCGUAACCGAUCAAGCCAGAUUUCUAGUGUCCCUGGGGCGAACGAAAACAUUCUGGACGAUCCUCUCUUCUCAUAUUCAUCGAACCGCUAUGGUGCUGUCGACCGCAGCACCAUGCAGGCGGGCUCGAGGGCAAACUCACUAACUGCUUCGCGGAUGGACGAUAUGCAGUUGGGCGGUGGCCCCAUGGCCGCGGGCGCCAACGGAGCCUACCCGCGGCGAGCUAGCCAGUCUCCCGGAAACCCGUACAGUCCUUCGAUCCGAGGUGGCAGCGGCCGACCUUCGCCGCCCAACGGCUAUCAUGGCCCUCCGAUGAACGGCCGUCCAUCGCCUCCUGACGGCAUGCGUCAGCCCGUACCCCGAUACCCUCCCGGUCAUGGUAACGCAGUCGCGCCGCAGCAGGUUGAGCAACACAUCGGGGUGAGCGGUCUUGUUCCUCCACCAAAGCAGAAAAACAUGAGAAGUCUGACUGGUAGUGCGAGCGCCAGCGCGGGUAGUGGUGAAUCACAGAAUGACACCGAGCCCUCAGCCCACAGCAGCCAGAGCAGCCUUGGACAGAGACCGCCCAUUGGAGUGCGGUGA